UUAUCCUCGUUACGUAGACGGGAUAUACAUAUUAGAAAACUACUAUUGAUUUUAUGAGUGCAAAAUGGCAAUGGAAAACGUGCUGAAAUGUCUCGUUCGAGACUCACAAGCACUCGGACGUGGCUUCCUACACAUCAAGCAGCAGAGUCAAGUAGCCUUGGAAAUGUUGGAAUCCCAAACUGGACUACUUCAGAGCACACCACACGAACUCAGGGAAAAAUGUUUUGUUGCCCUGCACUCUGCUCUCGUCUCUAACUCAGGCCACUUACUCAAACUAGGAUUGAUGGGUGUUCAGAAAUUACUACGAGACAAUCAUUUUGUUGCAAAGCACUGUGAUCCUCCAGAUGAUCGUCAGUGGCUGAUGUCUCAGUUACUGGAUUGCCUUUCAUUUCCAUGUUGGUUAAAAAUUUCAGAGGAAGUCCAGAUUGAAAUGUCAAAGAUUUAUAUCAGUUUUGCUUGCUUGGAGCCAAAAUAUCUCAACCUAAACGCACACGUCACAGUAGAUCUCCUUACCCGGUUGCUAGAUAUGGGUCAAAAUGGAGGCAUAAGAUCGCGCAAACACCAAUUAGCCCUCCAAACCGCAUCUGUUCAAAAUUUACAAACGUUUGCCAAAAAUAUAGCCAUCAGCGUGACACCCAAUCCACAGAACGUCGUUCCUGGUGAUUGUGACGUCAACCAGAUCAUUCCGAUCAUUCAGUUUCUGUGUGACAAACUAGAAGAUGGCCUGGUGACAUCCCAAUUAUUCCCCAUCGAAUUCUCGUUGGAGUCUAUCCAAGCUUUGCUUAGCAAUUUACCUGAUGGAGUCGUGCUAAGCUCAAGAAGCCACAGUUUUGUCUGGAGAACCCUCUGUCCCACUCUUCUGAAACUUGUUGGUGUCCCUUGUCCCAAUGCUCCAGCCACCACCGAGUGCAGAAUUUCUGAUCUGCGAUCUGUUGCCAGCAUAGGGUGCGAGCUGUUACGACUCUUUGGCAAUGUCAGUGUGCUACGUGCACCGUUAGAAUCCCUAUUCCACCGCCUAUUGGUCACUGAUCAUAUCGCCACUCGAAUUGAAAUGUUUAAAACCAUCAAAGAGGUCUUCUCCAAAUCUCACCGAUUGUUAGUCAUUGGCGGACCGUUUCUCAUCGAAGCAAACAAUCAAGAAACGUUUCCCGAGCCUAAUGAAUUCGGCAUUCUCCGAGUACUAUUUGAUGGAAUGGAGGAAAGCAUGCAAACCGAUAACGUCGAGUUAAGAACAAUUGUUUUGACCUGUGCAAAUACGCUGUUGACUUCCCUAUUGAGCCUAACGGCCUCUCCAACUUCGUUGCAAAUGUCUGAUAGUUUCAUGGAAAAAAUCAACUUGCUCUACGAGGAUUUGCAAAGUUGUGACUAUAUCGGUGCCCUGAGCUAUCCUACUAGAUUACGAAUGCCUAAAACCUAUGAGCAAUUGCUGAGAGAUCAAACUAAUAUUCCCCUGAAGCCACCAACUAUCACGAUCGAUCUAACCCAUUUAAUGGAAGACGAGGAAACGAAGGAAACUAUGAUGACUAACAAUGAUGAUGACAAUUGCAGCACUGCAUCUGGAGUGACUGAAGGACCAGAGAUGAUUGAUCAAGACGUCGAGUCGAUGGACAAAGAAUCCGAACACGAAAUCCAGCUAUUUGGGCAAAUCGAUGGAUACGCAGCUCGUUCGAAUCACGUUGAUUUAGAAAGACUGGCCGCUCGCAAGUUUCUUGAAGAUCUUCAAUCUUUCAUUCCUAAUCUUGGCUCUUGGCGCAGUCCCCUGGAGGUGGACUUGGCGCUCCAGCAAUUUGCUUCCAGCUAUUGCGAAAGCGCUGGACAGGACCACGUCAUCUUUAACGCUGACGGCAUCUACUUGGCCACUUACGUGACACUCUUGCUCAACUUUGAGCUGGCAAAACGCGAAUACUAUCCGUCGCGAUCCGGUUUCGUCGCUCAAAGCGAAGACGAUUUCAUCGCUAGCGUACUAAACAGUGGAAUACUGGUUUAUUUGACACCCGAAUUCUUAGCGGAAGUUUACCAGGGUGUACUGGUCUGCGAUGUAAUCGGUAACGCAGGAUUUCAUGUUAAUGCAGAUUCCAACACAUCAAUGAUGUCCAGCUGUGCAUUUAUCAAUCUUCUAACUGACGUUAGACAAGUUAAAUGCACUGAGCAAGCGACGUGUUUCCUGUCCGAUUGCCGCAAACUUCAUUUCGCCUUUACACCCAACUUCUUGCUACGCGAACCUCGUCGUCAAGCAGGCCUCAAGUUUGCCCGCCGGCUGCUAACUUGCUUCUGGGACUCGUUCCUCUUUAUCUAUUCUAAUGGAGUGUCACCGACGUCCAAUGAAACGGACAAUCAAGCCAUUUCUCAAGCACUAGAAUGUCUGCAGAGUGCCGCGAAAUUAGCCAACAUUCUCGGAUUGCAGGAUCGAUGUGGGACCAUCUUCUCGUUGUUGGCAUCUGUCGCUUGCGGCAAUCCGCAGCUUGGAAGUGCCUUGGUUCGUCAAAAAUCCUCCCUCAAAAAUCGUUUGAUGAAGGCUCGUAUGGCUGGAUUAAUAUCAAAACCCUUGUUUGAUAUCGAUCUACCACAUAUCCUGAGCCUCGAUGUCGUCUUGAACAAAGGCCUCGAACUAGCAUCGUACAACAAAGAAGCCUGGACUCACAUUCUCAGGUGCUGCUUGUAUGUGACGGAACUAGAACGACGCCUUUACCAAUCUCGGAAGAACGACAAAUUCAAAGUGACUGCCCAACUAAAACAGUAUACCUCUAAAAUCAAAUGGAAAUUGAGCAAUUCAGGUAGUUCAAAGGAUCCUUCGAAUGAUGAUCUGAACUUGGCCUCAACCGCCUUCGGAGGAUUGGAUGAAGACAGCAGUUCUACUGACAGCUACAGUUUCUUAACGGCAGCGAGCCAGCUCCCCAACAGUGACAAUGAUAUCCAGCAAUUAUUGGAAAAAGCAGUUAAAUGUGACAAUUAUCGAAACAGUGGCCAGAUGGACGCAAAAUUGGUUGCGCGAAUCAUCGGAGUGUUGAGCGAACGCGUCGAUUUGCUUAUGGAGGACGCAGCUGCAAAGUUGAACCUGAAAAGUCUGUUGCUUUUGAUAGAGGAACUCUGUCAGUUGUGUCACGUCCAGUUGAGCCACCUUGACGAAGAGAACAUUAGUUUGCAAUGCCAUUGGGUCUUACAUCGAAUUGGAGAGGUGAUGCUAAGGAGCGUCAAAACAGGACGUCCACUCUAUCACGCUCUACAUUGCUGGGCAAUUGUCGGGCCUACUCUGCUGAAAGCGGCCUGCAGCAAUGAUUCAGCUAUUGCCAAGACAUCGGUAGAGAUCCUGCGAUCAAUCAUCAGUCACGUUUUGCAGGAACAGCCGGAACCCCUUCACUUUCAUUUCAACGAAGCGCUGUUUAAACCUUUUGAGCAUGUCCUUUGUAGAGAAAAUUUGAAUCCCGAUCUUCAGGAUCAGGUGAUGAGUUCCCUGUGUGAACUGGUGGAAUGCUGGAGUGGUGAAAUUCGUUCGGGCUGGCGUCCAUUAUUCGCUUGCCUGCGACGCUGGCCUCCCCCACCACAGGGACCGACGGACAUUUGCAGCAGCAGUCGGCUUAUCCAUUCCGAGAAUAUCAGCACCGUCAAAGAAGUAUUGGCUGCCUUUGUCCAGCAAGGCAGUGGCAAUCCGCUCAUUUUUGCCAAUGCUGCAAUGGACGCCAUUCUUUGUCAACUGCACUACCUAAAGUGUUACAGGUACGUGGCAGAGCUCUCCGAUCCAGCAUUGGAUUACCUUCAAAAAUUUGCCAAAAUGCUUGGCCAGCUGUGUAUCAAACCGACCCAAGCGCCCGUAUUCUAUUCUGCCAUGAGUUUGACGUUUUUACCGAACGAAUGCGACUUUGAACCGCUGAUCGCUCUGGCGACCGAGCAUCGCGAUCAGAUGGAAGCCGAAGAUUAUGGUUGCUGGUCUAAUCUGUUCGACAUACCCAGGCCUCAGUCAGGUCACGCUGUAAAGCUGUGGGACAACUCGACAGGCAUUUACAAAGUCUUUUAUCUGCUGGUUGACGGAAUCACUUGCUGUCUAACGCACGCCAAAGAUCCCGUUCAAAAAUCUAUUGGCGAAGUCGUCAUGGCCACCUUCAUACUACUUGUCGAUAUUGAAGAGUACGAGUUUGCAGUUCUCUGUCUGAGGUGUUCCAUAUUGCCUGGUAUGAGCCACUGGUUGAUAAGCCUACUGAGCAUCAACAAAUCGUGUCAGGCCGGCUUAGGCACAUUCAAACAAGUAUGUGGUCUCCUUUGCGAUGUCAUGACCCGACUCUUCGCAGCUGAAAAAACGGCCAGCCAAGUGAAUACAGCAGACGUGUCCGCUCUGUUUCGUGAAGUCACUCUAUUCUACGUGGAAUGCGUCGUCCAAGACGAUGAGUCUCUUGUCCGUAUAGGCAAUUCAUGUCUGCGUCAUUUGAUUAUCAACUGCGGCCAACAGUUCCAGACUCUGUGCCCUUCCGGCGAAUUAUGGGAAGUGGCUGCUUCCGCCCUUUGUCUCAUCGUCCGUUGCAACCUCACCACCGUGCAAAGGCUGAUUCAAAGCGACAAAGCCGGUGAGCAACAAGAACGACAGCAGUUUCGAUUACAACAUUUAUCUAUGCAAAUCUUCAAUCAACCUGUGGCCGAGUCGCUUUCUCCGAUGUGCAGCUGCAACCUAUUUGUCGCUUUACUUUCCUUCCAGUUGGCUAUCAACACCAUCGCCAAUAUCGUCUGCUACAGCAACGUUAUCCUGACAGGAAACGAAAAGAUCCUCGAAUCAGCUGUGUUUGCUGAGAACAUGCAAUCUUGCGCUGCAGUUGAGCCAAAGAUCCUGGCCAUCUUGAGUGGUGUUUUACGUAGCGGUUGUGAAUUCGGAAUCGACUUCGAAAUUGCACUUGGUAUGCGGAGGCAUCUUCAGAAGCUCUACGGUUUCGCACAACUCCCCAGUUUGGCCCAGGUGACUGGGCUUAGCUCGGAUUUGCUGGUCAUCGCGUUGACCAACAUCGCGCUACAUUAUUCAUGCCACAUGAGAGAUCUCGAACAAUGGUUGGACUUUCUCAUCGAUUUCUACUUUCAAGAAUCGGGCAAUGAGCUUGCACCCACCAACGCCCAACCCGCUAUGGUCAUACCCGAGUUCCAGCUCGUAUCUUCGAGCAAGUCCGAGGAAGGUGUGACAUCUACAGAUAGCGAAAUAUCGAAACACAUCGACAAAUCAACUCCGAAGCAAUUAGACACUGAACAAAGGAUUGAAGGGGAUUCCAACGAAAAUGAAACAUUGCAAGUAAAGUCUGCAUCAAUCGAAGAAUUGAACGAGCAGAACCCAUUAAUUGAAAAGACUAAUGACUCGCUGGAAACGAAGGAUGAUACAGAAACUAGUCAAAGUCCGUCAUCAUCUGAAUCACUUUGUGGAGAAAAAACUCCGCAAGAAGAAGACCUUAUCGACAAACAACGGAUGGAGGCAGCACUGGAGUCCUACAGGAGGCAAAAGAGAUUGCAGACGAAAAUUAUCAAUUUAGCUGAACCCAAACCAGUCAGGGUGAUAAAGGUUGCCCCGGAUAUCAUAUCAAAAGUUAUACUACUUUCAGCUAUUCGGUUGUUGUCUCGGCUCGAUAAGAGUGUCCAGAACUCAUUCCAGAUCGUAUGGAAUAUCAUGUCACGGUUGAAUCUCCAUUGUUCUGACCAACAAAUACGUAAAGCUCACGAAGAGUUUGAAAAGCUGUUCCCUCUUUACCCGUCUGAAUCCGAUGGUUGUUGAAACCUAGCAUGUCCGUAAGAUACGUUGAGAGAAUCUUUUUGUUUCUAGUCAACCCCUUUUACCAUCUUCGUCAGAAUUCCUGGAUUUCUUUCCAAUUUUAUUUAUGGUCAGAUUUGUAUCACAGGCUAUUUUUACAAAUUAACCAUUAUUAACAGGUUGUGUUGUUUCAAUAUUACAAGUAUGUUUAAAUGGCAUCC